CGUUGUAACGUAAGCUCAACAAAAGCACUUACCGCCAUUGUCGCAAAAUGAAUCCACUAAGAAAAAUAGCGGUCUUUGUUUGCAUCGGAUGUUUAAGUGCUUCCAUAGUACAAAGAAAUUCUGCAGAAGAAGCUGAUCAGGGAGUGUGUCCGUUCUCGGGCGAAGCGGCUGAAGAUGAACCAAUGAGCGCCAAGUAUCAGAAACCGCCAGACCACAGUAAUUCUGAGCCGUUUAAGGAAGAACGCCGCAAUAAAGUGCAUCCUGACAUAGAAAUCCACACAGAGGAAGAGAUAAACCAUCCAGUACUGGGAAAGAUGAAGCUUGUAACUAUACCCGUGCCAAAUACACACACAGGGGAAGACUUCACGAAAGGGUAUAUGCUCGUCAACGACGAGGAAUCGCCUGAACAAAGUGAUGAUUUUAUGCUGGAGGACGAUACGCUGUCAGAACGGGUGAAGCGGCGAUCGGAAGCAUUCACAGCUGCGGAAUCUGAGGAGGACAUCAUCUCAGCAGACGACUCGUGGGGUGGGGCGUUUCGCGCGUCGGCGAUGAAUCCCACACAGAAGAACUGGACUGGCAGUCGGGGACCGGACAGUCACCGGAGAAUGACGGCGGAAAACAGAACGAAGAUUUCUCCAGCUUCGCAACAGAGCCAUUGGACAAAGAAGUGCUGCACAUGCGGGGAUCCCCCAGAGGAGGAAUGUCUUCGUGAAAGAGACGAGUGCGGCUGUGGGGACUCGGGAGCGCUACGAGAGGACGGCCAUGUGAAGUGUACGUGGCGCUGCUGCUGUUGCUGAGGAUGCUUACCGGCUAUCCUAUUUUCCCUGCGGCCAUUAUUAGUGUUGUUCUUUAGUUAUUUCUAUGAUUACAGUGUAUAAUGUUUUGAAUAUACCCGUGAUUACUAAAUAGACAGUCCCUCUGCUAAAUGUAGUUUAGCGAUAUUUUAUGCCUUGUCUGCAGAUAUCUGAUUUGUUUCCAUGUACUUAAUUGUGUGAUUAUUAGUCCUAGUGUUAGCUGUGUAUUGAUGCAUUCCAAAUAAAUACCCAUUUCAGUGUA